AGGGCUAACGGGAGCCUUUCCCAGGCGAGCGGCGAGCGGCGAGGAGCCCAGUGAGCCACCUGCAGGGGAUGGCGGCGCUGAAGUACGCGGGGCUGGACGACACCGACAGCGACGAGGAGCUGCCGCCCGGCUGGGAGGAGAGGACCACCAAGGACGGCUGGGUCUACUACGCCAAUCAUUUGGAAGAAAGAACUCAGUGGGACCAUCCUAAAUCUGGAAAGCGAAAGCGAGUUUCAGGAGAUUUGCCAUAUGGGUGGGAACAGGAAACAGAUGAAAAUGGACAAGUCUACUUCGUUGAUCAUAUAAACAAAAGGACAACAUACCUUGACCCAAGACUGGCAUUUACAGUGGAAGACAAUCCAAUGAAACCUAAUGCAAAGCAGAAGUAUGACGGGAACACCACUGCAAUGGAAAUACUCCAGGGCCGUGAUAUGAGUGGGAAAGUGGUCAUCAUCACUGGAGCAAAUUCAGGAGUAGGCUUUGAAACGGCGAAGUCCUUUGCACUCCACGGCGCACAUGUCAUCCUUGCCUGCCGAAACGUUUUGAGAGCAAAUGACGCUGUGCAACGCAUCCUAGACGAAUGGCACAAAGCCAAGGUAGAAGCAAUGAUCGUCGACCUUGCAUCUCUUCAGAGCGUACGGAAGUUUGCUGAAGCAUUCAAAUCCAAAAAUCUGUCUCUCCAUGUGCUGAUCUGUAAUGCUGCUGUGUUUGCUCUCCCUUGGCAAUUGACCGAAGACGGUCUGGAGUCCACCUUCCAGGUGAAUUACUUGGGGCACUUCUAUCUCGUCCAGCUCCUUGAAGAUGUUCUUCGUCGCUCCGCUCCUGCAAGAGUUGUGAUGCUUUCCUCUGAAUCACACAGAUUCACAGAAAUUAAUGACAGCUCAGGAAAACUUGACUUCAACAAGGUUUCUCCACCUAAGAAAGAAUACCGUUCUAUUCUGGCCUACAAUCAAUCGAAGCUUUGCAGCAUUCUAGUAUCCAAUGAGCUCAAUCGCCGACUUUCUCCCCAUGGAGUGAUCUCGAACGCAGUGCAUCCUGGAAAUAUGAUGUACACGGCAAUUCAUCGCAACUGGUGGUUGUAUACCGUGCUCUUUUCCUUGGCUCGUCCAUUCACCAAGUCAAUGCAACAAGGAGCCGCUACGUCGGUCUACUGUGCCACUGCCCCAGAACUGGAAGGCCUCGGAGGGAUGUACUUCAACAACUGCUGCCGUUGCGUGCCGUCGCAAGAGGCCCAGAACGAAAAGACCGCGGCGGACUUGUGGGAGCUAAGCGAGAAGCUGAUCCGAGAACGAAUCGGCAGGGAGGAGAAGUAGCGUGGAGCUCCUGGGAGGCUCCAGACACACCGGGCACGUGUGUACACUCAGGCAGAGAGGAGGGAGGGAGGGAGGAGGAGGAGAUGGAAAGGAAACUGCCAGCACUGGAACUUUUCCAGUUCGAUCAUCUAGAACAGUGGUUCUCAACCUGGGGCACUCCAGAUGUGUUGGACUGCAUCUCCCAGAAUGCCCCAGCCUGGCUGGGGCAUUCUGGGAGUUGUAGUCCAACACAUCUGGAGCGCCCCAGGUUGAGAAAGGCUGAUCUAGAAGGUUACAUAUGCAGAUUAGCUAGUGUUAAAUGAAAUGAUAGCCAGUUGUGACAUAGUAAAAAACAUUAAAACCCGGGGGAAAUGAGGUGCAGGGCCGGGUUAACGGACAAUGUAAUUUUGCCAGACUUAGUUGUCUUCAUUCUAUCUCUUUGAUUAUACUCUGUUCUCUCUCUUAAACAAGGAACCAUUCUGCUCAAAAUGAGUCCUGGAAGUCAUUUCUUAGGCCGGUUCUACAAGCUGGAUCACACAUUAGUUUUUUCUCUUUUUUUAGCUGUACACCUCUCUCUUCCCCCCGCCCCCGCCCAGGCACAACUAAAAAAGUAAUGUGUGAAUAUGACAGGUGUCCGUCUCCUCCAGGUACACUCGCUGGGGGAGUUCCCCACUCCCUGUGCUGUGUACGUUUGGUGGCAGACCAGGGAUUCCUUCUGCACAAUGGGUUGAAGUUAGAUGAGUUUGGUUUUACUGCCCCUUGGGAAAAAUGGCUCAGAAAUUAAGGCCCAACAACCCAUCUGGGAUUUCAACUUGCUCUUAGAGCUUUACCCUCUGAGGAAGGCGUCUCCUUGCCAGUUUUCUUGCUCACCGUUAACAUUCAAUAAAAACAACCCCAAAUCUUAAAUAAUGCAAAAA